GUGGCUUAUAAUCCCUUUUUAGGGGCGCCCUCUGUAAAGAAGAAAAAAAGGCCACAUUUGGCUUUGCUUUUUAUUCAGUCUCUUGUUUUGAAAGAACAUAUGUAGCCACAAGGAAUUGUUUCGGGUGCCCCCUAAGAAAAGUUAUGCAGCAGCAUUGCCAGUGUUUAGGGUUUGGCAGGAACAUUGUGCUGCAGGGUAGGGUGUGGUGGUUUGGUGGUUACUAAUAUUGGCUGGUAACCAAAAGGUUUUUAGUUCAAACCAGCUGCCAGGGAGGUUUCAUUAACAGUCACCAUUUGUGAGCACAGCAAGCCCGCCAAAGUCACGUAAUUACUACAGUUUGUUGUUACUACUAUAAAUGUGUCUAGAGUUUUUAUAUUUAUAUGGGACUUCCUUCCAACACGGUCAGCCCUAACCUAAUGACCCAGCAAGAGCAGCAUGAGUUCAGGGAAAGUUUGGCAGAAGCCCUUUCCUGGAUGCAGGCCGUCCAGGAGAGGCUUAAGCAAAACGAUAACACCCAAGGACCCAGAUCAGCGCUGGAGGUCAGGCUCCGAGAAACAGAGAAAAUUCAUAACUCAGAGCCUGAAGGCCAUGUAAAGAUGGACAGGGUGCUGGUGGCUUCUGAAGCUCUGCUUCGAAAUGGAGAUGAAGAGAUGAAGAAUCAGACUCUUUCGAAACUCAAAGAAAUAAAAGCACUCUGGGAGGAGACGUCAACCUACAUCAUUCAUUGUCACAGUCGUAUCGAGUGGGUGUGGCUGCACUGGAGUGAAUACCUGAAGGCCUAUGAGGAGUUUGGGAUGUGGCUGGAGAAGACGCGCAGGUCUCUGGAGCCCCUGCUUGAGAUGCAGCUGGGUCUCCAAGAGAAGCUGUGGCAGGUGGAUCAUCUGCGGGUGCUUCACAGUGACAUUCAAAGCCAGGCUCAGUUUCUGGAGAGGCUUCUGGAUGAGGCUGCAUCCCUGUUCAACCGCACUGAAGACCCUAGCGUAGAUGAGAAGGCUCAGCAGGGUCUUCAAGAUGCCUUUGACCACAUUCGAGACCGAGCACAGGAAAGAUUAACAUUGGCACAGAAAAUAGCAGAGGAGCACCAGCAGUACCAAAGUUGCGUUGAUAAAUUUCAAAGCUGGCUGAUGUCUAAAACAGAAGAAGUCAGUCGUUUCAGCGACAUGGAGGAUACGACACAAAAUAGGCUGAAAGCCCUGCAGGAACUGAAUGCUAGUAUAGCAAAAGAAGAGCUCACUCUCCAGCACAUUGAAAACCUGUCUGAAGUUGUGAAGGCCAACACGUCUCCAGCAGGAGCAGAGAAGAUCACAAUAGAGAUGGAGGAGUUGAGGCAGGCCUGGCAGCGCUUACGCCAAGCGCUGCUGGAGAAUCAAGAAGAGCUCCAGUGCUCACUGGACUCUGAGAGCGAGUAUUCAAACCGUUGUAAGGAGCUGUGGGUAGACCUGGAGCAGCUUCGAACCUUGGUCCAGAACCUCAGCAGUGAUCUGGAAAGCAGGGAUGGAGAGAGGACUGAGGAAAAUAUGGUAGCUCAAUGGAAGACACAUACGGGAGUGCGCAACAAGCUCACUGCAGAGGAGCCCAGGGUGGAACAGCUGAAAUCCCAGUUGAAAGAGCUAUUCCGAUUCCCACAAGACUCCAGAAGCCUGUCUGAUGAGAUGCUAGCAGUGGUGAAAGAGUACCAGAGUGUGAAAGGCAGAUCUUUCAGGCUGUCCUCUGAGAGUGAGAUGGCUCUCCGGCAGAUACUGCAGGAUCCUCUGUAUGGCUUCAGCCAAUGGAGUCAGAUGGUUUCUCAGGUCCUGGAGGCCUCCGCCGAGGUGACCGAUUUCUCCCAAAUUGCUCUGCUCGUGCAGCAUAUAGAGAAGUUACUUAAAAACAGCGUGCAGCUCCAGGAGCGCUUGAGUUCGCUCCAGGUGAAGAGCGAUCUGCUCACCUCAGUUUUUGGCCAAGAGAAAGCUGACGAUCUGUUGGAAGAGCUCAGCGGGGAUGUGAGGAAGAGAGAGUUACUCCACAGCCAGCUCCUACAGCGCAAGAACCGCCUGCAGGGUUUAAUAUCAAAGACGAAGGACUUUUCAGAUGCCUACGACUCCAUACACAAAAAACUAACCUCCAUAAAGGAGCGGUUCAUCACGACGGAUGGACUUCAACCAGACAUUCUUGCCAAGAAGACCCAGGCCGACCAACUCCGGGUCAUAAGAAAGGAUUUGGAAGAUUGUGACGCCCAGAUCAUAGCUCUUGAGACGCUGGUGUCGUCCAACCCUGUAAACAGUUCAAAAUUUGAACGUCUGUAUGCAGACUGGAAAGUUCUUUAUAAGGGGGUUCGGAAAAAGGUGAAUGAAAGUGAGGAGAACAUUGCAGAACAUGAGAUUUUCCAUGACAAUAUUCUGAAUAUGGAGAAGUGGUUAAUGAUCAUGAGACAGAAGCUAGAGUCUUUUCGUGGAUCAGAUGGAGAAUGGAGCAUCGAUAACCGCCAACAUGAGGCUGAGAGGGCGCUAGGAGAAUUUCCAGAGAAGGAGCUUCAGCUUCAUCAGACAGAGGCUCAGGGUCAGACUGUGCUGGCCAGAACUUCAGAUGAUGGCAAAGUUCACAUCCAGCAAGACCUCAAACGCCUCCGAGAGACCUGGAUGUCCCUCCACACGCUUAGUCUCAAUCUUUACAGGCUUCUGAAUGAACAUGCAGCCACAGGUGACCAAGAUUACCUAUUACAGAGAACUGAGUUCUUGGACAGAUGGGCAGAAGGAACGGACCAGCAUCAGAGAUCCUACCAUGGAUCAGAUUCAACAGGCCACCCAGAACCGGAAAGAAACAUGGAAGCCAAUCAGGAUCGAAUUCGAAUUGUGCUUCCUAAAGGCAAGUCAAGACCAGGAGGUUCAGAGGACUGGAGAGAGUGGACUUACCAAGACCAGUCCAUUGAUGAUGAGGUGGAUGCAGUCAUAUCUGGAAGUGACCAUAAGGUGAACAGGAAGCGGACUGGGAUGAACGAAGGUGACAUGAUCGGUAGUGGUGGUUGGACUGGAGAGUGGGUUGAACAACACAAAGCUGGUUCUGGGAUUGAAGACCUGGAUAUGAAAGAUAGAUACAGCUUUUCAAGUGGGAUUGACUCUGAUGCACAGAAAAGGAUGCGAUCGUCACACAUCCACCCUGAUGAAAUUGAGAUGGGCUCUCAGGGGCCCCAGCAUCAUGCUGAUAUGGAGGCCCAGAGGAGGGAGUUUGAAGCGUGGCUUCACAAGGAAAAUGACAAACUCACAGGAAUUCUAAACUACCAGAGAUCCCUGAGUGCUAAAGAACUGAGGAUAAGACAGAAUACACUCAAGGGUUUACGUGCCAAUGUAGCUUGGGGCCAGAGUCAGUUCCAGAAGUUGAUUGUCAGCCGGCAGAGUAAGUCAGCAGAGGAGGACGUGGAACUAGAAGAGCUGCGUUAUCGCUGGAUGUUAUACAAGUCCAAACUUAAAGAGGCAGGUGACCUCAAAGCUCUGCUGAAAAACAAGGGCGUCCAUGGACAGGGUCAGGAGCAUGUCCGAUCUGGAAAGGGGAAGAGUGGUCUCAGCUUCCUGUACCGUGUCUGUCGCGUGGCUCUUCCUCUCCAGCUCCUGUUGUUGGCCCUGCUGCUGCUGGCCUUCCUGCUGCCCAUGAUGGACGAGGGCACCAGCUGUUCACUGUCCAACAACUUCGCCCGCUCCUUCAACAUCAUGCUCCGCUACGACGGACCUCCGCCCACUUAAGCGUCAACAAUCGAAAGCAGCUUUUAAAAAAAAAUUGCAAUCUGCGCUUGUUUAUUUAACAAAUACUUAUAUUUUUUAUCAGUUCCGUUAAUGUUUUAUGUCGUUAUAUUCUUGGUUCUCAUCUGGUCUUGUUCCACCGUACACCCACCGGUGGACCCAGCAGAUCAGAAAGCUCUGUUUGUGUGUGUGUGAGAGAGAGCGAGUGUAAGUUGAGUGGGUGGAUGGCAAAGACGCUCACAACCUGCUCGACAUGAUUCAAGCUGUUCAUUUCUCUACAGGCAUUUGGAGAAACCAAUGCAGCUUUUUCAAAAAGCAAAAGUCCCUUAAAGACAUCUACUCAGGAUCCAUUGCAAAUCCUUCAUGUUUUUACGUUUGUUCUGUUUGUAGCUAGUUACUAAAUGCUUAAACGGACAGUUCACCCAAAAGAGACGUUCUGCCAUCAUUCACUCACCCUCAAGUAACAAAAAAUGUUUUGUCUAUACAAUGAAAGUCAGUGGGGUCCAGUGUUGUUUUGAACACCACUGGUAUUCAUUUUAUGAAUAAAAACAAUAAAAAUAUCUUGAUUAAAGACAUGAUUGAUGACAGAAUUAAAAUUUUUGGGUGAGCUAUUCAUAUAAUUAAUUAUAAUACUGUGGUAUGUCUUAUAUUUAAACAGAAUUGUGCAUGUUUUUAUUCUUACCACUUGUUUAAAAUCUUUAAUUUGCGUUAAUUUGUUUUACUCAGGCCACUCGAAAUCUAAACUGGGUUUGAUAAUAGGAUAUAACUUAUCACUGUGUUGCGGGUAUUGAUUCUGAUGUCAUAGAUAAGACUAUCAUCGAAAAGUUUAAAAACUAAGUUCAGUUUGAAAUGUUCUUGAUAUAUUGGUGAAUUUUUGAAGAGGAAAUGGUCAAAAUCAACACAGAAAUUCCUGUUUCACUCCAUAGCUAAGGUGCUGUGCACAUGCGUUCAUAGAAUAGACAGUUUCUGUCAACGGAUUUUUGGAAGUCGUAAUUGCAGAAUCACAUUUUUGAGCUUUAAAACUUGAGUUUUGGCAUUGGUUUGCCUCUGAUUGUUGUUAUGGGUUAUUACAAGCAUGUUUUGCAGGCGUAAAUUAUGGGGUAAAAAUAGCCCUGUUAGGAGAGAAUGUCCUUUUUUGAACAGAAUGUUGGAACUCGUUGACCUUCUUAGUCUGGUUUCAUUUUAUUUAUCUUUUUUUAUUUUUUUAGCAAGCAGUGUCUCUGAGGGCUGGGAUUUCUGUGGGCCUAAAAUCAUCAGAGGUUGAGUUCAGUUAUUCUUUCAGGACUGCUUUUUUAAGGUCAUGGUAUGAUGGAAGGAAUGCCUUGAUUUUUUUUUUUUUUUUUUUUUUUUUUUUUGGUCCAGAACAAAGGCUUCUCCAACAAAUGCUCUGUCUUUCAGAGCUGGCAAAAUUUUAAAUCCUCUUUGAACGCAUCUUUGAGCUUUAUGUUUGCAGUAUUAGAUAUGUUAUUUAGAGGCUAAUAGCAUGGCUUUACAUCUUUGAGUAGUAUUACACAUACUGUACGCACACCACACUGAACUGCUUUUAUCCUGUAGCAAAAUGCCCUUUUAAAAUUGUAUUCAGAUCUCUACAUAUCUCUCCUAUGUUAAAACUGUAAUUUCCAUUCAUAUGUGAUGCACUAUCUAAUGUUAAAUCUGUUACUAAUAGUGCAUGGUCAGAAAGAGACUUUACAAAAAAUAUGCUGCAUUUUCUAAAAGAAACUGUAAGGUUGUAGCCUGGCAUUUCAGUUUAUUGCACUGCUUUAUUUUUUUGUAUUUAAAGGAAUAGUCCCCAAAAAUGACUAUUUAUCAUCAGACCAUUCAACAUGUUGAUGAGUUUGUUUCUACAAUGGAACAGAUUUGGAGAAAUUUAGCAAUUACAUGACCUGCUCAUCAGUGGAUCCUAUGCAGUGAAUGGGUGCCGUCAGAAUGAAAGUCCAAACAGCUGAUAAAAAACAUCACAAUAAUCCACAAGUAAUAAACAUUACUCCAGUCCAUCCAUUAAUGUCUUGGGAUUUGUUUCUUACAAAAACAUUUUUGCUUCACAAAACAUUAACUGACGGACUAGAUUACUUGUGGAUUAUCGUGAUGUUUUUUCAUCUGUUUGGACUCUCGUUCUGACGGCACCCAUUCACUGCGGAGGAUCUGUUGGUGAGCAAGUGAUGUAAUGCUAAAUUUCUCCAAAUUGGUUUUGAUGAAGAAAUAAACUUGUCUACAUCUUUGGAUGGCCUUAGGGACAUUUUCAGCGAAUUUGUAUUUUUAUGUGAAGUAUUCCUUUAAUCUCUAUUUAUGUCAAUGCAAACCCUUUAAUGAUCUAUACUUGUUUCAUCAGUAAUACUGUAUGUUCCAUUAGGCUGCAAAUGGUUCUGUUAAACGGUUCAGCUGUUACAAGAUCACCAUAUAAUGUAUGCUAAUAUAGCUAGUUUACAGCACUGUGUGCAUGGGAGAGUUUUCUCAUUGAUUAUUACUGGAAAUAAUUUUCAAAGACAGCUAACAAAAUCAAAUGAAAGCAUAUAGAAAAUUAUAACGACUUCAAAUGCAUGAAGGGUUCUAAGACAAUGUAUUAAAAUAAGGUUAACAUUUAUUGCCAUAUUUUGGAUGAAGCUCUUAUGAUGUAUGUUUAAACUGAUCAAUAUAAAAACGGUAUGAAGCAUAUAACCAGUAUUUUUGUAUUUUACUCCAGGCAAUAAACAUGCAGUGUGUGUUUUCA